AUGCGCAUUGUCUUGGAAGAAUGGGAUAAAGGUAAAUCAAUUGGGGGACGAGUGAUUAACAACUUAAGAUACGCUGAUGACAUUACCCUUCUCGCACAGACGAGAGAAGACAUGAAAAUUCAACUGACUCGUCUGGAAGCUGCCAGCCUUAAAUUCGGACUUGCUAUUAACCGGGACAAGACGAAGAUGAUGAUAGUAGACCGGGCUGAACAAAAUGGAACCAAUGUACAAAACAUAGGUAAUUGCGAAGUUGUACAGACCUACAUCUACCUCGGCUCUGCUAUCUCAAGCACUGGAGGAUGUGGUGAAGAGAUCAGACGACGAUGCGCCAUUACCAGGUUGGCAGUGGAACGGCUGGGAAAGAUUUGGAAGGAUAGGAGGAUUACCAAGAAGACUAAGGUCAGAUUCAUGAGAUGUCUUGUGUUUCCAAUCUUUCUCUAUGGAGCCGAAACCUGGUCUCUAAGAUUGCCGGAUCGCCGUAAAAUCGAUGCACUGGAGAUGUGGUGCUGGAGACGCCUCCUAAAGAUCCCAUGGAUGGCAUUCCGCACCAAUGCAUCCAUCCUCAAAGAACUCGGUAUCAAAGACCGACUUUCGUCAACAGUGCAACUGAGGGUUUUAAAAUUCUUUGGUCACAUCUCCAGAAAAGAGCACUCGAUGGAGACUGGUAGUUCAGGGCCGGGUGGAAGGCAGAAGAUCACGCGGCCGCUCACCGACCCGCUGGACUGA